CAAUCAUACCUUACUUCCGGCCUGUGCGUUCCACCUUUCUCUUGCUUCCGGCCUGUGUGUUCCACCUUACUUCCGGCCUGUGCGUUCCACCUUGCUUCCGGUCACUGCAUUCCAUUCCACACAAAGGAAGCCUCGGUAUCCGUAGAGAUCAGGAACUCCAGCUGUGAGGAACAGAGUCUUUAUUACACAUCACAUGUUCUGUAUUCUCUCUGAUUCACCGAGGAUGGACAAGGACAGGAGUCACAGAACUGAGAGGAUAAUAAAUAUCACUCUGGAGAUCAUCUACCUGCUGACUGGGGAGGAUUACACAGUAGUGAAGAAGACAUCCAAUGAGUGUGAGAUACUCAACAGCCAUCCCCGUGUGUCAGGAGGACUAAGUAGAACCCAGAACCCCAUCCCAGUGCCUCCACCUCACUCACUAAUACAUAAGAGACACAAUGACCAGAAGAUCCUGGAACUCACCAACAAGAUCAUUCAGCUGAUGACUGGAGAGGAGGGGGAGUAUAUAGAGGAACACAGGGGUCUGUACAAGGACGUGAUGAUGGAGAAUCACUGGCCCCUCACAUCACUGGAUGGGCUCAGUAACAGAGAUACCCCAGUGAGAUGUCCCCGUCCUCUGUAUUCCCAGGAGUGUACAGAGGAGAAUCACAUGAUCCCACAGGAGGAUCAGGGUGAAGCCCAAUUAAAUAAUAUUAAAAUAAAAGAUAUAGAGGGAGAAGAAGAGAUGUAUGUGACUGAUAUAAAGGCAGAAGAUAUAGAGGGAGAACAAGAGACGUAUGUGACUGAUAUAAAGGCAGAAGAUAUAGAGGGAGAAGAAGAGACAUAUGUGACUGAUAUAAAGGCAGAAGAUAUAGAGGGAGAAGAAGAGACGUAUGUGACUGAUAUAAGGGCAGAAGAUAUAGAGGGAGAAGAAGAGACGUAUGUGACUGAUAUAAAUGCAGAAGAUAUAGAGGGAGAAGAAGAGACGUAUGUGACUGAUAUGAAGGCAGAAGAAGAGACGUAUGUGACUGAUAUGAAGUUAGAAGGUACAGAGGGAGAAGAAGAGACGUAUGUGGCUGAUAUAAAGGCAGAAUAUUCAGAGGGAGAAGAAGAGACGUAUGUGACUGAUAUGAAGGCAGAAGAUAUAGAGGGAGAAGAAGAGACGUAUGUGACUGAUAUGAAGGCAGAAGAUAUAGAGGGAGAAGAAGAGACGUAUGUGACUGAUAUAAAGGCAGAAGAUAUAGAGGGAGAAGAAGAGACGUAUGUGACUGAUAUGAAGGCAGAAGAUAUAGAGGGAGAAGAAGAGACGUAUGUGACUGAUAUGAAGGCAGAAGAUAUAGAGGGAGAAGAAGGGACGUAUGUGACUGGUAUAAAGGCAGAAGAUAUAGAGGGAGAAGAAGAGACGUAUAUGACUGUUAUAAAGGCAGAAGAUAUAGAGGGAGAAGAAGAGACGUAUGUGACUGAUAUGAAGGCAGAAGAUAUAGAGGGAGAAGAAGAGACGUAUGUGACUGAUAUAAAGACAGAAGAUGUAGAGGAAGAAGAAGAGACAUAUGUGACUGAUAUGAAGGCAGAAGAUACAGAGGGAGAAGAAGAGAUGUAUGUGAGGAGUGAUCAGCAGUGUAAGGAGGAGGAGAUCCCUACAGAUAUCAACACAGCAGAUGGACACACAAGCAGGAAUAUCUCAGAAGGACAUCUUAUGUUAUCCCCGGAUUGUGACAUAAAAGAUAAUGACAGUAGACAGGAUUCUCCAGGAGAUAACCCCAUUACCCCAAUUAUACAUCUAGCUCUAUCAGCUGGUCCCCCUGAUCCUAGGAAAUGUUCUCCUGAUCACUCUGAUAUUGGUGCAUCUGUUACAGCUCUGACAGUAGAUACAGUGUUUCCCUGUUCUAUAGAUGCCAAAUGUUUUACACAGAACACAAAACUUAUUACCCAUCAGCCAGCUAAGGCAGGGGAGAGGCCAUUUCCAUGUUCUGAGUGUGGGAAAUGUUUUACAUACAAAUCAAUUCUUGUUACACAUCAGAGAAGACACACAGGUGAGAAGCCAUUUCCUUGUUCUGAGUGUGGGAAAUGUUUUGCACAUAAACCAGAUCUUGUUAUACAUCAGAGAAGUCAUACAGGAGAGAAGCUAUUUUCUUGCUCUGAGUGUGGGAAAAGUUUUACCCGGAUUUCUCAUCUUGUUAUACAUCAGAGAAGUCACACAGGUGAGAAGCCAUUUCCAUGUUCUGAGUGUGCAAAAUGUUUUGCAAUCAAAUCAGAUCUGGUUAUACAUCAGAGAAUUCACACAGGUGAGAAGCCAUUUUCUUGCUCUGAGUGUGGGAAAUGUUUUUUACGGAAACCACAUCUUGUUUCACAUCAGAAAACUCACACAGGUAAGAAACCGUUUCCAUGUUCUGAGUGUGAGAAAUGUUUUGCACACAAAUCAUAUCUUAUUCAACAUCAGGGAAGUCACACAGGUGAGAAGCCGUUUUCUUGUUCUGAGUGUGGGAAAUGUUUUACACAGAGUUCUCAACUUGUUAUACAUCAGAGAAGUCACACAGGUGAGAGGCCAUUUCCAUGUUCUGAGUGUGGGAAAUGUUUUGCACACAAACGUGAUCUUGUUAUACAUCAGAGAAUUCACACAGGUGAGAAGCCAUUUUCUUGCUCUGAGUGUGGGAAAUGGUUUUCACAGAAAUCACAUCUUGUUUCACAUCAGAGAACUCACACAGGUGAGAAACCGUUUCCAUGUUCUGAGUGUGAGAAAUGUUUUGCACACAAAUCACAUCUUAUUCAACAUCAGGGACGCCACACAAGUGAGAGGCCAUUUCCAUACUCUAAGAAAUAAAUCACUUUUGUUGCACACAAUAGACCACUCAGGUGAGAAUCAUUUUAUUCUUCUGGAUUAUUCUGAUUAUUGCCAUGGACUGUUCUUCAAUGUUCUUAUGUUAUCUCCCAUGCUUUUUGUAAUAUACAUGCUACCGCAGAGUGAAACAAAGAUAUGUCAUGUCCUUGUCUACCACUGCUAUGCAGAUGACCUGUCUUUUGCUCUGGGUACUGAGAACCCAGUACCAAUCCUAAAUGGUUGUGUAGCUGAGCUCCCGGUGUGGGUGAUGCCAGUUGGCUGUGAGUCAGUCCUGGUGAAACAGGUCCUUAUGAUAGAAGCUCACCCACAAAGGGCAGGGCUACAGCGUUGCAAACCAACCAGACAUACGCUUGGGGGUUCAGAGUAACAAAAUGCUGAUCCUGUGCGAAAUCUUGGUGUCCUGGAUGGUGGAGUGACACUUAGACAUUAGGUAUCAGCCACAAUCAGAUCCUCAUCUGAGGAACAUAGCCAGACUCCAGCACUUAUUUCCCUCAGAAGAUCUACCUACAGUCAUACAUGCACUUGUAUCAUCACACAUAGACUGCUGCAAUGUCCUCUACCUGGGUCUCCCAGCAAAAGAAUUGCACCGGUUGUAGCUUGUACAGAAUGCAGCAGCCAGGCUGUUACCUAACCAGCCCGUUCCUGCCACAUAACACCCAUUCUCUGCUCCCUUCACUGGCUGCCUGUAAGAUGGUGACUGUUACAUAAUCUUACUGACUCCCAAUCCUACAUGACCAGGGUCCAUGGAACCAGAAGCAGCUUCUGCCUCCUUACUGCCCAGCUUGCUUCCAUCUGCACAUGAAGGACUGCUACCAGCGGUACAAAGAAUCCCCAAGCGGUGCUGAGAUGUCAGGGGGGCAGACAGGGUGGGUGGCACUAUUGCUGUAGUGGGGGCUGCUGGAGGCACUGUCAUUGGGUAAUAUCCCAUAGCAGUGUUGAGGUGGCACAGGGUAGAUGGCAGUAGUGUAGUAGCGGGGGCUGCUGGAGGCAGUGUCUAUGUGGGUAAUCUUGUCCUCAAGCUGCACUGAGGUGGCACGG